AUGAAAAUAGUGAGUUUCUUGGAACGUGUCCGUCUUGUUCGUUUUCCACCAUUUAUUGCUUUUACCCUAGUUAUAGCCUAUGGCUUCCUAGCUGCUUUAAUAAUUCAAAAACAAUACGAAAUUAAAUGGACAUAUUUAGAAUCAUUAUAUUUUACUUUUAUAAGUAUAUUGACUGUUGGUUUUGGCGAUUACCGUCCCCAUCCAGAAAAUAUGUUUCCCGUUCUGAUUCUGGUUAUUUGUGGUGUUAUAUUCACUACUAUGUGUUAG